AUGGCUGCCGUGUGGGAGGUUGUGGGUGGGUCAGAACGCGGGGGCAUCAUCGUUCGCACUGGCUGCGAUCUGAGCUCGGAUUUGGCUGAUGGUCGACUCGCCACCGGAUCUGUGGUGAAGGAGAUCGACGCGCACGACGGGCGAAUCUGCUACGAGCUUCUGCAGGGCGAGGGGCCUGCUUCUGGUUGGGUCAGCCCUUCUCUCCGUGGCAAGGAGCUGCUCAUAAAGACCGACCAGACCCACGCAGACAACAAGGCGCGGCAGUCAAGACGCCGUGGCUUUUCACAGUGGGCGUCUCUCCAAGCUGAGGAGUCUUCUGAGGUGAGUACAGACGCCAUGCCCGACCUGGUGCCUGCAGAGAUUGCUGAGAUGUCCUCUGAGAGUCCAGCAUCUGGCGCUGAAACUCCCGCUCUUGUAAGUGAAGCACUGGCACCUGUCUCAGUGCAGGUGCCAGAGAAGGGCUUGUCCGAGGAUGAUGAAUCGGCAUUCCAAAAGUACAUCGACAAGAUUGGCGAAUGCCGAGAUGGCUCAAAUCCAGGUUACAGCCGAAAGGCCUUCCCAUGGUUCAACCCAAAGCCACAAGAGGACAAGAGCAAGAAGCUUUCUACAGAGGCACUGGAGGCAGCUCUUGCCUGUAAGCCGAAGCAGAAGAAGCUUGCCAAAGACAAGCUGUGGGAGGUCGACUCGGAGGGAGAGGAGGUGCCCCUGUGCCCUCGCUGCUCCUUGCCGGUGGGGGAGUUUGCCUACCAGGGCCGCGAGGGCAAGCAGGCGUGCGUGCACACGGAGUGCAUGGCUCAGGUGAUGACGCAGGAGGCGCAGCGCGAGGAGGAUGCCCGGGUGAAGCGGGAGAAUGUGAAGAAAGAGAAGAACCGGCGCGAGUAUGACAUCGGCUGGCGCAUGGACAGCGUGCCGAAGAGUGCCCCGCUGGCCGAGCGCAUGGGCUGUACGCCUGCGCCGCAGGGGCUCUGCUGUCUGGUGUUGGACGAGGCGUCCCGCACGGUCAAGGUCGCCGCAACCGCUGAGCCGUCUUGCGCGGUGAAUUUGGAGUACUUGCUCCUGGCACUCAAGGUCCGUAAGACGGCCUCUCGAGAGCCUCUCUUUUCGCUGGACCCCGUGGACCCGCAGAACCUGGAGAAGACCCCGCAGAAGAAGGUGUAUGAGCCCAGCUGGCUGGCGGGAACCAGCGUGGGCGACGUCAUGUUCCAGGCCGACUACUUCCUGAAGGAGCUUGCGCUCGGAGAGUACGACAUGCCCGUGGUUGGCAUGCUGAGCGUCUUUGACUGGUCCGAGAUGAAGGACAAGGACAAGAGCUGGGCAGGCCGCGAGUGGUACGUGGUCAAGAAGGCGGAGAUCCGCAUGGCCGAGGACAACACGCUGAUCCCCCACGUCAAGAUGGGAGUCGAGGCCCGGGAGCAGGUGGUGACGAAGAAGGGCUUGGAGGAUGCCCCGGUGACGCUGCCUCACCACCCCCUGAAGAAGUUCGCCGACGCCUUCACACGCAACUUCGACCUGAUCGCCGAGCGGAAGAGCGUGGUGUUCCACCUGCGUGAGCUUGCCAAGGCCUCGACCAUGGCAAAGUACCUCAUUGACUCAAAGGCACGCCUGGACCCGACCUGGUAUAGGCUGGCCGACGAGAUUGUGAAGGCCACGGAGCCGGAGCCUUACCCUCAGAUCCCGCAGCUCUGGAACAUGCGUGGCAACUCCCGCAUCAAGCUGAAGGAAGGCCGCUUGGUGGACAUGGUGACGGGCGGCCAGAGCAACCUCCAGGCCAUCUAUGGCGGCGUGGAGUUUGGCCUCGACCGCUUCGAGCUCGCCCAGCGUCACGCGCUCGCAGGUCAGAAGCCGAGUGUGCCAGGGGUGCAGCUGGCCCAGUCCGGCCGGCCCAUGUUCAUGCCACAGCGCUUCCAGCUGGGACAGCGUCCUGAGAUGCCACAGGGUGUGGACCUGAACUUGGACAAGUUCUCCUUGUCUACGGAGGAGCGUUUCGUGGGCCGCCUGCCGCCCUGCAGUGGAGGCCCAGACUCGCUGGAGGCCCGUACCAUUUUGGGCAAGGCCUUCCUGCAAGGCUUGCGGCAGAAGUCCUUCGCCGUGAAGCCGGAAGACCAGAGCCUCUUGCUGAACAUCUACAGCGUGCCGCAGUGCGACCGUGUCGAGGAGGGCGACGCCUUCAUCCCGCCGGACCCCAACCUCGAGUACCUCACCAAGGUCCGCAGCCUUGUGGGCGAGGAGAAGACCCUGCGUGAGCGUCGCCGGCAGAAGUUCAGCGACAAGUCCUUCGCCGUGACCAACCCAGGUUUGGACUUCCCCCGCUCCUGGACCCCGCGCUUCCAAGUGGAGAUGGAAGGCCGAGCGCAAACGGCACCCACAAAGUUUGGCCUGAAGAAGCUCGAGGUGGACGAGGCCUUCAAGCGCGGGCUGCUGGAGAACGUCCUCCCUGCCGCUGCGCCAGAGUUCAACCAGGUCACGGAAGAUGGCAUCGCCUUCCGCAUCUACAAGAUCGGCAGCCUGGAGGUGAGGACUACACAGGAGGUGGACGGGCAGGAGGCCAUUGCGGUGGUCUUCUCCAGUGGCGCCGCCUCUUGGGAGGCCAAGGCCGUGGAUUCCGAAGACGCGCUUGGCCGAGAGAGGCUCGUGAAGUGCAAGGUCUACGUGGAGGCCAUGGAGCAAGAGCCGCAGCUCCACUUGGCCAAGGAUGCACGCGCGGGAUGUAACUUCUACAUCGUCCUCGAGACGGAGAAGAAGAACCGUAUCGUGACGGAGGCACUCGGCGCGGGAAACCUGUCUUGGGUGCAGAACCCCAACAACUUGGAGGACCGCAACUCCUUGGCCAAGCUGCUCUUCACCGUGGAUUGCAAGGAUGACCUCCACGCCCGCGACCUCAAGCAGUUCCAGCGCACCCUCAUCCUGCCACCCAGCUUGAACAAUUUGCGGAAGCACUAUGCCAAAGCGAUCUACAAGUUUGUGUCAGGGCGCACGUUCCGCGGGAAAUGGGGAGGAAAGUUGAGGCGAUAUGCGCCGCCGACACCGCCCAACACGGGAAACUUGGGCCUGGCUGCAAUGGGUCGUUCUUCCGACUUCCUGAACGUUAUGUGGUUGGCACGGAGCUCAACGAGGAAGGGCGACCUUCUCAAGCCCAAGAUCCCGGCACACUUCUGA